CUGGUCGCCCCCGUGCAUGUGUUGCCAUGUAUGUGUGUGUGAGUGGAUUUAUUCAUAGCGAGAGAGGUUCUAAGGAAAAUCAGAAGUUUUGAGGAUGUGAAAUAGGUUUUUAUAUAAUAUUAGUACCCAUAUACACACACAUUAGUCUUAACGAAACGAAAUUAUCAAAGUAAUAGCACCACACACCUCAAUCAUAGACGAGUGCGGGCGAAGAAAGGCAGCGAACGACAAUUUUGCAUUUGUGUGUGUGUACUAGAACACUAUUGCUGCUGUAUGUGUGUUUGGUUUUGUGUGUGAAUGAAAAACCUGCAAUUGUGAAAAAAUAUAACCAAAAAUAAAGGUAAUUCGGGCGGCGGCAGCGGCAGCGCCAACGACGACUACGGUUGUGGCCAGUGCGAAAGUGCGUUGACUUGGUCGCAAUCCGAAGCGCAGCAGGAGCAGCAGGGCGGGAUGGCGGACGCUCAGCAGCAGCAGCAACAGCAGACGCAACAGACGCCAGCGGUGGCUACUACUACAAGUGGCAAGAAAAAGUGCAAAAACAAGAAGAAAACUAUUGAAAAGCAGCAAGAGCAGCAGCAGUCGCAGCAGAAUAAACAGCCAGUCGCCAAUGGCCAUGCCGGCCAUGAGGCUGCAGAAGUAGUGUCGGAUGCCGAUCCAGAGCUACAGCAGAAUGAGCUUCAAUUUCAGGCGCUGAAACUUGAGUUCCAGCAGUUGCAUAUCUGUAAUGGCCAUGGCGAUGGAGAGGAAGCAGAGGCGUCUAAUGCCACGCCCCUGCCAGCACUGAAUGGCCAUGCACAUGGCCACAAUAACAACACCAACAAUAACAAUCACAUCCGAAGCAGCAACACUAACAGCAGCAACAAUAGCCAUCACGACAACAACGUGGACAGCAGCAACAAUAAUAAAGCGAAAAGGAACAACAAGCAGAAGAAGCAUCAGCAGCAGACCACCACCAUAACAUCCACAAUAGCCACAAGCGACACCACUGCCAACACACAAACAACCACAGCAACAACCACAAAGACAACGCCGACAGCAAUCGGAACGGGGGCUGGGAUGGCGCCAUCGAGCUCAGCUGAGGCUGGAGCACCAGGUGUCCCAGAUGCAGAUGCAGUCGCCUCGCCCACAAUUGAGCUCCAGCUUGAACCUGCCACAUUAGCCACGGAGAUUGUCUACAAGGAAUACGAGGCCGAGCAUCAAAUGCACGACAUUAUGCGUCUGAUCCAGGCGGAGCUCUCCGAGCCUUAUUCGAUAUACACGUAUCGGUAUUUCAUUUACAACUGGCCAAAACUGUGCUUCCUAGCCUCGCAUGAUAAUCAGUACGUGGGCGCCAUCGUAUGCAAGCUGGACAUGCAUAUGAACGUGCGACGCGGCUACAUAGCCAUGCUGGCGGUGCGGAAAGAGUAUCGCAAACUCAAGAUCGGCAGCACCCUGGUAACCAAGGCCAUUGAGGCCAUGCUGGCGGACAAUGCCGAUGAGGUGGUGCUCGAGACGGAGAUGCGCAAUGAGCCGGCGCUGCGUUUGUACGAGAAUUUGGGCUUUGUGCGUGAUAAGCGACUGUUUCGCUACUAUCUAAACGGCGUGGAUGCGCUGCGCCUGAAGCUCUGGUUCAGAUGAGUCGAGCCGGCGGCUGCCGUUGAAAUUGUCGUCUAAAAGUAGCCGCCAACGCCAACACCUUCGCCGAAUACGACGACGACACCGCCAGCAGCAUCAAACAGGAGCAGCAGCAUCAGCAUUACUUCCAGGCCACUGUUUUGCAGUGUGGUCCAAUGUCCCUGCUCAUCGGCGGCUAAAGAUAUCUUUUUUUUGUGCCUAUUCAAACUUAGGUUCACCCCAUCCUUGCUCCCUGACCUCCUGUCUGCCUCCCACUAUAUUUCCGUUUUGUCUCACUCUCUCUCUCUUUAAAUUGUAAAUUAUUUUACGUACUCUUGCUUCCUUCCUUCCUUGAUUCUUUGUUCAAACGUAUGGCUUAUACAUAUAAAAAUGGGACUCGACUCCCGGUACAGCAUUGAAGUACUUUUACAGAAGGCAA